GGCGUGACCCAAGAUUCUUGCUAUGUAGUAGUGCCUUGCAGUAUCUCUAUGUGGUCCUUCUGCUACACUGAGGACGGAAGCCUCAAGUCCAUGCAGCAGCUGGAGUCAUUCGACUAACACUUCACCCCUUCCCCAGGAUUAAAAGGCAAAUCGAAACCUAAAUGGGUUUGGCUGUUCACAGCAACUCGCGUGACACUCGCAGCCGUGGCAGGUAAAAGAUUGUUGUGACAACUCACUGAAGAAAUAGUCUCACUAUUUUUGUCUUUUAAACUCCACCAACAAUGAAGCAAUAAUAUCCAGGAACAAAAGAACAUAUGCCAACUACCUGUCAUCACAAUUGAAGUGUUUGUAUAAGCAGAAACAAACUGCAACAGUCCUAUGUGUUAGCUGGUAUAAAAAGAAUGCUUUUUUCUGAUACUGUUUAUUUAACAGCAGUGUCACUAUAGCACAUUUAAAUUUUAUCUAUAUCAAAUGAAAUAAAAAUGAGUGAAGCUCCCAGAUUCUUUGUGGGACCUGAAGAUACUGAAAUAAACCCUGGAAAUUACCGACAUUUUUUCCACCAUACGGAAGAAGAUGAGGAAGAGGAAGAUGAGUCUCCACCUGAACGACAGAUUGUGGUUGGAAUAUGUUCCAUGGCAAAGAAAUCCAAAUCCAAACCAAUGAAAGAAAUUCUUGAACGGAUCUCCUUAUUUAAAUAUAUCACAGUAGUAGUAUUUGAAGAGGAAGUUAUUUUGAAUGAACCAGUAGAAAACUGGCCAUUAUGCGAUUGUCUUAUUUCUUUCCAUUCCAAAGGAUUUCCACUGGACAAAGCUGUUGCCUAUGCAAAACUCAGGAAUCCAUUUGUAAUCAAUGACUUGAAUAUGCAGUAUCUCAUACAAGAUAGGAGAGAAGUAUAUAGUAUUCUUCAAGCGGAAGGUAUUUUACUUCCCCGCUACGCAAUUUUGAAUCGUGAUCCAAAUAAUCCCAAAGAAUGCAAUCUGAUUGAAGGAGAAGAUCAUGUAGAAGUAAAUGGGGAAGUUUUCCAAAAGCCAUUUGUAGAAAAACCAGUCAGUGCAGAAGAUCACAAUGUUUACAUUUAUUAUCCAACUUCUGCUGGUGGUGGAAGUCAAAGACUUUUUCGAAAGAUUGGUAGUAGAAGUAGCGUUUACUCUCCAGAAAGUAAUGUACGAAAAACAGGCUCAUAUAUAUAUGAAGAGUUUAUGCCCACAGAUGGUACUGAUGUUAAGGUCUAUACAGUGGGUCCAGAUUAUGCCCAUGCUGAAGCUCGAAAAUCUCCAGCACUUGAUGGCAAGGUAGAACGAGAUAGUGAAGGAAAAGAAGUAAGAUACCCUGUUAUUCUCAAUGCACGAGAGAAAUUAAUUGCUUGGAAAGUGUGCCUUGCAUUUAAGCAAACAGUUUGUGGCUUUGAUUUAUUACGAGCCAAUGGACAGUCCUAUGUCUGUGAUGUCAAUGGCUUCAGUUUUGUGAAAAAUUCCAUGAAGUAUUAUGAUGAUUGUGCAAAAAUACUUGGCAAUAUUGUAAUGCGAGAGCUUGCUCCACAAUUUCAUAUUCCCUGGUCAAUACCCUUAGAAGCUGAAGAUAUCCCAAUUGUACCUACUACAUCUGGAACUAUGAUGGAACUUAGAUGUGUCAUUGCUGUCAUUCGUCAUGGAGAUCGAACACCAAAACAGAAAAUGAAAAUGGAAGUGAGGCAUCAAAAAUUUUUUGAUCUUUUUGAAAAGUGUGAUGGAUAUAAGUCUGGGAAAUUGAAACUCAAGAAGCCAAAACAAUUACAGGAGGUACUAGAUAUCGCUCGACAACUGCUCAUGGAACUAGGGCAAAAUAAUGAUUCCGAAAUUGAAGAAAACAAGUCAAAACUUGAACAGCUUAAGACUGUGUUAGAGAUGUAUGGCCAUUUUUCUGGAAUAAAUCGUAAGGUUCAACUAACAUAUCUUCCUCAUGGAUGUCCCAAAACAUCCAGUGAAGAGGAAGACAGCCGCAGAGAAGAACCAUCCUUACUUUUGGUUCUAAAAUGGGGAGGAGAACUAACCCCUGCCGGAAGGGUUCAGGCUGAAGAACUUGGAAGAGCUUUCAGGUGUAUGUAUCCUGGAGGUCAAGGAGAUUAUGCAGGAUUUCCUGGUUGUGGCUUACUUAGAUUACAUAGUACCUACCGACAUGACCUCAAAAUCUAUGCCUCUGAUGAGGGACGGGUCCAGAUGACGGCAGCAGCUUUUGCAAAGGGGCUGCUAGCUCUAGAAGGAGAGCUUACUCCCAUUCUUGUUCAGAUGGUUAAGAGUGCAAAUAUGAAUGGCCUUUUGGAUAGUGAUAGUGACUCUUUAAGCAGUUGUCAGCAACGUGUAAAAGCAAGACUUCAUGAAAUACUUCAGAAAGACAGAGACUUUACUGCAGAGGAUUACGAAAAGCUUACUCCAUCUGGAAGCAUUUCUCUUAUCAAGUCAAUGCAUUUAAUUAAAAAUCCUGUGAAGACCUGUGACAAAGUUUAUUCUUUAAUACAAAGUUUGACUUCUCAAAUCAGGCAUCGAAUGGAAGAUCCCAAAUCAUCAGAUAUUCAGCUUUAUCACAGUGAGACAUUAGAACUUAUGCUACGCAGAUGGUCUAAGCUGGAGAAAGACUUUAAAACAAAAAAUGGAAGAUAUGACAUAAGUAAAAUCCCUGAUAUAUAUGACUGUAUAAAAUAUGAUGUCCAGCAUAAUGGUUCCCUGAAAUUAGAAAAUACAAUGGAAUUAUAUAGGCUUUCUAAGGCAUUAGCAGACAUUGUUAUCCCUCAGGAAUAUGGUAUAACUAAAGCUGAGAAACUGGAGAUUGCCAAAGGCUACUGUACUCCUCUAGUCAGGAAAAUUCGUUCAGACCUUCAAAGGACACAAGAUGAUGACACCGUCAAUAAACUUCAUCCUGUGUAUUCCAGAGGUGUUUUGUCUCCUGAACGCCAUGUUCGUACCAGAUUAUAUUUUACUAGUGAAAGUCAUGUACAUUCUUUGUUAUCUAUUCUUCGCUAUGGUGCCUUAUGCAAUGAAUCAAAGGAUGAACAGUGGAAACGAGCCAUGGAUUAUUUAAAAGUUGUCAAUGAACUCAACUAUAUGACUCAGAUUGUUAUCAUGCUUUAUGAGGAUCCUAACAAGGAACUUACCUCAGAGGAGCGCUUUCACGUUGAAUUACACUUUAGUCCAGGAGCCAAAGGAUGUGAAGAAGACAAAAAUUUACCAUCUGGUUAUGGAUAUAGACCAGCUUCAAGAGAGAAUGAAGGUAGGAGAUCUAAAGUUGAUGAGGAUGAACCACAUACUUCCAAAAAAGAUGAGCCUGAUAGAGCUGUGAUACUCUUCAAACCUAUGGUAUCAGAGCCGAUUCAUAUACACAGAAAGUCUCCACUUCCACGCUCUAGGAAGAUGGCUACAAAUGAAGUUGUAUCUGAAAAUGCUAAUUAUCUGCGAACACCAAGGACUCUUGUGGAACAGAAGCAGAACCCUACUCUAGGGUCUCACUGUGCGAGCCUGUUUAGCACCUCGGUGCUCGGGGGUUCUUCAAGCGCACCUAACCUACAGGAUUAUGCUCGUACUCAUCGUAAAAAGCUGACCUCUUCUGGCUGCAUAGAUGACGCCACACGCGGUUCUGCUGUUAAAAGGUUUUCUAUCUCAUUUGCUCGACACCCAACCAAUGGCUUUGAGUUAUAUUCCAUGGUGCCAUCUAUUUGCCCGCUAGAAACUCUUCACAAUGCCCUGUCUUUAAAGCAGGUGGAUGAAUUUCUUGCUUCCAUUGCUUCUCCAUCAAAUGAAGUUCCACGGAAGGCUCCUGAAAUUGCCUCUACAACUUCCCGUACCAGCCCAUUAAUGAGAAGAAAAGUAUCUUUAAAUACAUACACACCUGCAAAGAUCCUUCCAACACCACAAACUACCUUAAAGUGUGCUAAAGCAAGCAGUAAACCAGCUACCAGUGGACCUUCCAAUGCAGUUGUUUCUAAUACCUCAUCUCGGAAAAAGGGUAUAACUACCAAAACAGAAACGCAUGAUCACAAAAAAACUGCUGGGAAAAAGAAAUGAAAUCUUCUUAACAGAAAAUGAACUCCUUCUACUUAAGAAAAGUUUACGCUAAGUAGAAAAGACACCUAUUAAACCGUGACUGGAGACUGUCAAAGCAAGUAAUUUAUGUUUGUCCCUUUUCAUCUCUGUUUUCAUUUUAAAAUAUGUUAAAUGUAGAGAAUUCAUUGUAUGUAUUCAGAUAAGGAACUUUUAGGAUCUGGAAGUGGUUAUUUGCAUUUUAUAAGUAGCAAAGCAGUUAUAAAGGUCUGUCAUUUUAAUGUGAUGUUUACCAUGUGCCUGUGUUUUCUGAAAAAAAGGAACAUAAAAGCCCAGAUAGCCUGAACCAAUGUCAUAGUAGUGAAGUUAUUUAUUAAAGAACUAUAAGGUGACCUCUGCAUACUUUCAUUUUCACAGGAUUUUAUCUUGGCUACCUAAACCUGUAGCUCAGCUUGAAAAUUGAUAGCUAGGAAUACAUAUUGGGAAUUUUUAAAAGGUGUAUUUCCAAAGAUAUGUCAUUGCACAUUUAGAUUAGACGCACCCCUGUCCCAGUUGUUAUAACUGCAUAUAUGCUGCAAUAUUUAAUAACUGGAGUAUAGCAUAUUAGCAUAUGGAUUUGUUUGUGUUUUUCAAUCUGUUCUUUGAAUUAUUUUGUGUUAUUUAAAAUAUUACAUAUACAGCUGGGAUACCUAUACAUUUAUGGACAUAAAUUUGUAUAUUAAUUUGUAUGAAAUAAUUUCUUUAUUUCUUUACCAUAAGGUGCUUCUACUCAUCAGGAAAAAUUUGCUUCUUAUAUUGGCAAGAAAACUAUCUUUAAAGUUUCUUUUAAGAGAUAUGGUUGACAAGUUUAUAAAUGUUAUACUAAUUUUCUGAGUUCUUUUUAGAUCUAAGUAACUCAGUUCAAAAAUGGAAAUCAUCAAUGUGAGAAGAAUAUCUCAAUUCUAUAGUUAGUAGAUAUUAUAUGUCAUACUGUUUUUACCAUUUCAGCUCCUAUCUCUAGUGUAUCAGUUGAUCUCACAAAAAAAAGCUUGAAGAUUGAGCAUUUGAAAUAAAUGCACCUCUCAAAUGAUUAGAUUUUUGAAGAGAAAUUGAUAUCAUUGUGUUAUGAAUUCAUCUAUGAUGUGAAAAAAUAUUUAUUAUCCUCGGUGCUUUUUUUUAACCCUGAUACACAAAUAAUUAUGCAUUUGAAAUGACUUAAGCUAUAAAGCAAACUGUUCAACCACUUAAGAAUUCCAUUGUCAGUCAAAUAAUUUAAAUUGCUAAAAUUUAGCUUGAAGCUUAUGUUUAGAAAAAUUAAUGAAUUCUCAUAGGAAUACAACUAUUAAAAUUCUUUAAGAGACUCUUUCUAGUCAUCAUAUAUGAACUGACUUUUAGAAGAUAAGCAUAUUACAUCUAAGUUAUAAAAGGUACUAGAUGCAAAAGUCACAAAUAUGUAUGUGCAACUGUGUAAGUUUGUGUACUUCUCAUGAAUGUGAGUAUAUUAUAUGGUGACAUGCCUUGUAAACAGUUGAAUGUUCCUAAGCUUUCUGUAUCUGAAAAUGUGGCUAAUAUGUUUUAUUGUGGGAGUAAGAAAGCUGCUUUUAUUUUUUAAGUGAAACUGAAUUAAAAUAUUUUAUUU